AUGAAUGAAGCGGAGGGAGGGGGCGGGGCCGCGCGGCAGCUGGGUCCUAGCGCCGCCGGAGCACAGCUGCCGCGGGAUGGAGCCGGCCGGGCUGGAGCGCAGCUGCGCAGACGGCAGGGGUUUCUGGAGGAGCUGCACCUGCACUUGGCUAACUCCUCUCUGGUUUCUCCCUGUGUCGCGGCCCCAGGGUCCCUGCUCACCUUGUCCUGCCUUUCUCGCCGCGUCGUGUGCCGGGUGAUCAGCAAGACUGACCUGGCCCUCUCCUUCCAUGAUAAUCUGACCUUGGAAACCUCCUGGGAAACGCCGGUAGAAAGCAAGUAUGGAUUUUACAUCGGCUUGGCCCUCGCCGUCUUCUCCAGCUUCCUCAUCGGCAGCAGCGUCAUCCUCAAGAAGAAGGGGCUUCUGCGGCUGGUGAAGAAGGGGGGCACCAGAGCAGGAGACGGCGGUCAUGGCUACCUGAAGGACUGGCUCUGGUGGGCUGGACUGCUAACCAUGGGUGGAGGGGAAGCGGCCAACUUUGCUGCCUACGCGUUUGCACCUGCCACGAUUGUGACUCCGCUGGGCGCCCUGAGCGUGCUCAUCAGUGCCGUUCUGUCUUCCUAUCUGCUCGGAGAGCGACUGAACCUGCUGGGGAAGCUGGGCUGCAUGUUGAGCAUCGUGGGGAGCACCAUGAUGGUGAUCCAUGCUCCGGAAGAAGAGGAGGUCACCACUCUGGAUGAACUGUCUUCAAAGCUGAAAGAGCCAGGUUUCCUUGCAUAUGCGGCGAUCCUCUUGGCAGUCUGUUUGGUGCUGAUCUUCUUCCUGGCCCCACGCUACGGGCAGACCAACAUCCUCGUCUACCUCACCAUCUGCUCCGUGAUCGGGGCCUUCUCGGUGUCCUCCGUCAAAGGACUUGGCAUUGCCAUCAAGGGCUUCUUCGCUGGCUGGCCCGUGCUGCAGCACCCGCUGACCUGGAUCCUGGUUGUGACAUUGCUGGCAUCCAUCACCACGCAGAUCAACUACCUCAAUAAGUCCCUGGACAUUUUCAACACCUGCUUGGUGUUCCCCAUCUACUACGUGCUGUUCACCACCAUCGUCAUCACCACGUCCAUCAUUCUCUUUAAAGAGUGGGUCACCAUGUCGGUCGUGGACAUUAUUGGGACAGUCGGUGGCUUCCUCACUAUUAUUUUGGGGGUGUUUUUGCUCCAUGCCUUCAAGGACAUGGACGUCACUUUAGGGAACCUGCCACAAAUGCUGCAAAACGCCGACGAUGAACCUGCCCCCAAGGACGACAGGAACAUCCUGGUUGAAGUGGACAAUCCCAGCAUGAUCCCCGAGGAUAAACCCAAAGUAUUCAUGAUCUACAGCUAAAGCAUCAGCAGGCACAUCCCAGGGGGAAGGGAGCUGCUCUCAAACUGGCUAGAGCAAAAGCAUCCAAAUGGGAUCAAGCUAUUUUAAAGAAAGGAAAACAAAUAGAGGCCUGAUCCAAAGCCCAUUGAGCGCCAUGGAGUCUUUCCAUGGACUUUGAAUCAGGAUAUGAUCUAAUGAUGUACGAGCAAGCGGUAUGUUAGUCUUCACACAGAUGUCCAACGGAAGUGCAAGUUCCUUGCAAAAAGGAAAAAAAUCACCUGCUCUGGGAUCCUUUCUGCUCCCUGCUCCUUUACCAGGACUGGUUUCCAGGGGAUGUUCUGCAUACUUUCCUUCCUGAGCAAAACCCCUGUGGAUGUUGCACUUACUUCCAAGUGACCCCCAUCGAUGGUCCCUUUACUGAACAUUUCCCAAAGGUCUUAGGCCCCCCUUGCAGAGCACAUCACCCCAGCAUGAUCAAACAGAGCUGGGAGAUGCAGAAGGCACCUCCUGUCUUUGCAAAGCCCCAGACUCAAGAGCAAUACUAAGCCCUGACAUCAAACAGCUGCUGCCCACAGCCUGUGGGGAAACGUGGCUGUCAACUUGUCCUGAAAGCGAAAUCUUCUGGCAGGCCAAGCAAGGAAGCGGGGAAACAGCCCCCUCCAGCUCCUCCUUUUGAAAGCCAGUUGCCCACCCAUCCAGAGCAUGCACACGUAGCGUUAAGCCAGCAAAAAACAGUUGUUUCCAUCGUGCCCCAUUAAAGACUGUUCAAAUACGUGUUGCACCUAGCACUGUUAUGCAAGUCGACUCGAGCAUCUCUGCAGGGCUCAUCCAAAUCAUCUUGGGCAGCAUCCUGGACUGCUACCGAGAAGCCCGCUUCACCCCCUCGACCCUGCGCGGCACGUGCCAAAUCCGGGCAGCGCAGCCGGCUCAGCAUCCCUGCGGCUGCCCCAGCACCGCUGUCCGGCUCUGCCUCAGUUGUGCUUCCCUGCACACACUCGGGGCACUCUCAGGUGACCGGGCUGCCUCCUCUCCAGCAUUUGACCCAGGCUGAGCGGCAGAAGGGGGCAGCAGUCUGGGGCAUGGCACGGACGUGGUGCGGGCCAGUCCAUGCAGGAGUCUGGUACCAGCUUUCAAGCUCUGAAUCCAACCAUCCUUCAAGAGAAGCACAGAGCAGAUCUUUGAAUGGUGCCCCUGAGCCCUCUCCUGGUCGUGGGACAAAGCAGCAUCUCCUAUCCCUAAAUCCCAGGAGAGCCGAGUCUCGGUUGAGCAGCUCACACCAAUCCCUGUGCAAAACGUGCCUUGCUCAGGGAGCCGUGCUGGUUCCAGGCUGGUACGAGCCAUCGCGGUGGACUGUAUACAGGACAGCCCAGCAUACCUGGGUACAUGAGCAGCCAGUGCCACUGCUAGAUAAAACGCAGUAUUUCAGGUGCUUAAAUGCUGCAGGAU